AUGAUAUUGGGAGAGACGGAUUUUGAGCGCAGGGAAGGGCUUCUGUUUCACGUUUUUGGUAGAGAGGGAAUCGAUCAACACCAUCCACACAUCAAAACGUUUUCAGAUUCCAAUACUAGUAGAGCCAUGUCCUACCCCAUCAAAACGGUCGUCGUUUUGGUCCAAGAAAACCGUUCCUUCGACCACAUAUUGGGUUGGAUGAAGUCCCUUAACCCGGAAAUUGACGGAGUCACCGGUUCAGAGUCAAACCCGGUUUCAGCAGCCGACCCCAGCUCGAACCGGAUUCACUUUGGGGACCGGUCUGUUUUCGUCGAACCGGACCCAGGCCACACGGUUGAGGACGUCUAUGAGCAAGUAUUCGGAGAGCCGUGGACCGAAGCCUCGCCAGCGGUGGCGCCGCCAACAAUGGAAGGCUUCGCUCUAAAUUCCGUGAAGCAAAAGAAGGGGUCCACGGCGGAAACGGUUAUGAAUGGGUUCAAACCGGAUUUGUUACCGGUUUACCGAGAGUUAGUUAAGGAGUUCGCAGUUUGUGAUCGUUGGUUUUCUUCAGUUCCCGGUCCAACCCAACCGAACCGGCUUUACGUGCAUGCUGCGACGUCGUAUGGGUUGACCACUCAGGACACAAAGAAACUAAUUGGGGGUUUGCCGCAGAAGACUAUUUUCGAUUCAUUGGACGAAAAUGGGUUCAGCUUUGGAAUAUAUUAUCAAUCCGCACCAGCUACACUUUUUUAUAGAAAUCUUAGGAAACUGAAAUACGUAGACAACUUUCAUCAAUUCGAUUUAAAGUUCAAGAAGCACUGUGAAGAAGGGAAACUGCCAAACUACGUGGUGAUUGAACAAAGAUAUUUUGACUUGUUAUCACAACCGGGGAAUGAUGAUCACCCAUCUCAUGAUGUGGCAGAAGGACAAAAAUUUGUGAAAGAAGUGUAUGAAGCACUAAGAGCUUGUCCACAAUGGAAUGAAAUCUUGUUUGUGAUUACAUAUGAUGAACAUGGUGGCUUUUAUGAUCACGUGCCAACUCCUGUGACUGGAGUACCAAGACCAGAUGACGUGGCAGGUCCUGAACCAUUCAAGUUUCAGUUUGAUAGACUUGGUGUAAGGGUUCCCACCAUCAUUAUUUCUCCAUGGAUUCAGCCAGGCAAAGUGUUGCACGAACCUUCUGGGCCAUUCCCAACAUCACAGUAUGAGCACUCAUCAAUACCAGCAACUGUUAAGAAAAUAUUCAAUCUACCUCAGUUUUUGACAAAGCGUGAUGCAUGGGCUGGAACACUCGAGGGACUCUUAACUCUUAGCACCCCGAGAACUGAUUGCCCAGUGAAACUACCCGAACCUAUCAAACUUCGAGAAUCUGAGGCUAAAGAAGAAGCGGAAUUGAGUGAAUUUCAGGAGGAAUUGGUAUAUAUGGCAGCAACUCUAAAUGGGGAUCAUGGCAAGCCGAUAUACCCCAACAAGCUAAGAGAGAACUUAACUGUUUCGGAGGCACUUAAAUACUGCGAGGGUGCAUUAGGAACAUUCUUGAAUGAGUGUGAGAAAGCAAAGCAAAGUAGAAUUGAUGGAUCUGAAAUUGUCCAUUGUGCUAGACCACAUAUCCCAAUACAACCCAAAACAUUCUUGCACAAGCUAUUGUCUUGUAUUAUCUGUGAUUGAUGAUUAAAUUAUACACUUUUUAAGCAUAAUGUCUACCCAAAUAAUAAUGAAGCUUGUGUUUGUCUCGUUAGAAGGGGUGUCAGGAGUCGUUCAAGGAUUAGAG